UCGGGUCCCGCACAGUGCGCACACAGAACCGAUCAGCUGCUGGCACCGUCGAUCCCCGGACUGUGCCGUUCACCUUGCGCGGUGACGUAGCAGCACAGGUCAGAGCGGAACUGCGCGCGGCUUUGAGCAGCUCAAUUAGCGUGACACACUUUCUUCUCAAUCAUCUCUCCCAAGAAACUCCCUCCUCAGAGUUGCGGACGGACCUUUUCCAUGAGAGAGGGAGUGUAUUUUUCGUUGUAUAUCUGAGUGGAAUAUAAAAAGUGGAUGCCGGAAUGAGCCACGUGCCGACAUUCCUCCCACAAAAGGAGAUAGUGUACAACUCUCUGUUGCCGUACUCGGACUGUCUGGACCAGGAGGCUACUGAACUUUUGGCAGAAAUCAAGGCCAACCUGUCCAGAGCAGUCCUCCUGCGGGAGCUUUGGCCUGGAGUUGCUUUUUGGUCGCGGAAACUCUUCUCUUUUCUGAAGGUCUACGGCCGACGAUUCAGCAAAGAUGACCACAUUCUCUUCAUCAAGCUGCUCUACGAGUUGGUCACACUACCAGACCUGGAGCCCGACAUGAUGUUAACCUACGCCCGGCUCCUCAUUCAGCUUCUCAAGAAGAAGGAACUUCUAUCUAGGAAGGACAUCGAGUUACCUUGGCGACCACUUUAUGACCUGUACGAGAGAGUGGCCUACUCCAAAACUGAGCACCUUGGCCUCAUCUGGUUUCCCAACUCAGUGGACCACAUUUUGAAGGCUUUGGUGAAAAGCUGCAGACUGUAUUUCCCAGCCUCCUCCACGAAAGAGAUGCUGGAUGAAUGGCGCCCCCUGUUAUGCGUGUUUGACAUGGUGAUGCAAAAGGCCAUCAGCAACAUGGAGUUGUUUUUGCCAACCAUCAUGCCCCCAGAGGAGCACUGCCAGGGCUUCCAGUUGUGGUUUGAAGAAUUAAUGAAUCUGUGGAUGUCGGUGCAAAAUCAACCGAGCUGGGAGGGGCACCUAGUCAACCUGUUUGCUCGACUCGCCAACGAUAACAUUGGUUACGUGGACUGGACCCCGUUUAUUCCCACAAUCUUCACCAGAAUUCUUCGCAGUCUGAAUCUUCCUGUGGGAGUCAAUCAGAUGGUGUCGCCGCGGUACCUGACCAACUCUUAUGACAUUGGGCACUUGGUUUUGUGGAUCACUGCCAUGCUGGGUGGGCCAGAUAAUCCUGCACAGAAGGAGCUGACCUGCCUCUUCAACAGCAUUGCCUCCUUCUACCAUCCCUCUAAUCAUGGCCGCUGGCAGUCGCGACUGAUGCGCCUGCUGCAACGCCUCCCUGCCAGUGUCGUGCGGCGUGUACACAGAGAGCGUCACGCCGAUGUCAGCUGGAUCACGUUGGUUCCUAAAUGUCAGAGACUUACCGAUGCUGACUUGCAGGAGUUCACGCAUAGCCUCACUGGAGCCGUCCUGCUGGCCAUGUUCAGUAAAAAUGGAAGCACAGAUGCAGCUUAUGCUCUUCAGAACUUGGCCCUCCUCACUCCAGAACUUGCGAUUCCACCUGUACUGGAGAAAACCUACGCUGCCAUGGAGACGCUCACUGAACCUCACACCCUCACCGCAACCCUCAGCUGCAUGAUCGGAAUGGCACGCAGCCUGGCCUCCCCGAACAAUCUCUACCCUGAGGGCCGUGAACACGUGCUUCCACUGCUCAUGGGCUCACUGCCGGGAGUGGACCCCAACGACUUCAGCAAGUGCAUGAUUACAUUCCAGUUCAUCACCACCUUCACCACUCUGGUGCCUUUGGUGGAUUGUUCAUCUGCUCCAUCUCAACAUGCUGAUCUCACUGAGAUGGAAAAAGGACUGUGUUUCGCAUCUGCAGAGUUUGAAGACUUUGUUCUCCAGUUCCUGGACAGGUGUUUCGCUCUGAUAGACAGCAGCACAUUGGAACAGACCAGGGAUGAGAUGGAGACUGAUACCCAAACGCACCUAGAGAGCCUGGUAGAGCUGGGCCUGUCUUCCACCGUGAGCACUAUCCUGACUCAGUGUUCCAAAGAAAUAUACAUGGUGGCUUUACAGAAAGUGUACAAUUUUGCAACUUCAAACAUCUUUGAGACAUGUGUGUCGGGAAGAAUGGUGGCUGACAUGUGCAGAGCAACUGCAAAGUGUCAUCCUGCUGAAUCUCUGCGUCUGUUCAUCCCCCACUGCUGCAGCGUCAUUUUCCACAUUACUGACAACGAGGAGUUGCAAAGUGAAGAAGAGCUGGAUAAGGAGCUGUUGUGGAAUCUCCAGCUGCUCUCAGAGGUUACCCGUGUGGAUGGUGAACAGCUGUUGAAAUACCAAGGGGACCUGGAGCGUGUCCUGUGUGUGUGCGUGCGUCUGCGGUGCAAGCGCGCAUACACACUGGCCUGUUGUCUGCUGGAACACGCUCUCCGCUCACUAUCCCUCAUCUAUCCCACUGAGUACCGCAGUACCUCUGGAGGGUUUGAUCAGGACCUCCCCAUACGGGACUGGGGCAGAGCUGGCGACGUGGCAGCGUUGGGUGUGUGCUGGCACGUGCCGAGUACAGGCGAGGAGAACUUUGUUUUCCAGCUGUUGUCCCUCCUCCUGCUCCCGGAGCUGGAGAGAAUCAAACUCCACAUCUCUGGAAAUCAGCCAAUGAGCAGGGAGGAGCUGUUGCAGAGUCUGGCAAUAGUGCACCAUAGCUUGCUGGGAGCUGGAAGUAUGCUGCCCCCUCUGGAUGGCCCUCAAGUAUCAGACCUUGUCCCCUCCAUGGUGCAGCUGAGCGAGAUGAAGCUUUACAUCGGCGUUGAGUAUGAUGAUUCACGGGAGAACUACAGAGAAGCCAUCUGCCAAACUAUGCGGAUGCUGCUACAUCACAUCCUGGAGCACUCGGAGGAUGACACCAAGUCAUUGUUUGUCAUCAUUAAGGUCAUCAGCGACCUCAUGUUCUUCCGAGGCACUCACAAGAAGGAGUUCGACUCACGCUGGAAGAGUUUCACUCUUGUCAAGAAGUCCAUGGAAAACCGACUUCAUGGGAAGAAGCAACACAUUCGAGCCCUGCUCAUUGACCGGGUUCUACUGCAGCAUGAGAUGAGGAAGCUUGUGGUCGAGGGCAGCGAAUAUAAAGUGGUGCAUCAGGAGCUGCUGUGCGAUCUGUUGCUACUGUCAACCAGCACAUACAGUCAGGUCCGCAGCAGGGCUCAGAAUGUGCUGAUGACUGCUCUGGGAACAUACAGCUUUGCCUACAGAGACCUGGUUCCCAAAAUCCUUCAGCUGCUGUCGCCACAGCACGCCACUGUUACGCAUCAGCAGUUCAAGGGCGCCCUGUAUUGCCUGCUGGGCAUCAACAGUGGCUUCUGCGUGUCCAGUGCUCGAGACUGGGACUGCGUCGGAGCGGUUUGGCCGGCUCUUGUCCGCUGUGGACUGUCUCCAUCUAUGACACUGGAGAAGCACUCUGUUGGUCAACUCCUUGACGACAUUAUUGACCGGGUCCAUCGCCAGUAUGACACCAUUGGGAUCUUCUUUACUAUUUCAGAAAGUUGUGUGGCAAUAGCCAACCAGAUAAUGCAAUCUGAAAAUCCCACACCUUGUUUGGAGUUGCCCUCAAAAGAGGAGCUGAAGGAGGGGCUUCAACGACAACGAAUCAAAAAUGUUGUUUCUGCAAGAAAGUAUGAGAGGCUGGUCAAUGACCUUUUGGAUUGCCUUGAAGACAGAGAAUUGCCUUGGAAGUUUGAGCACAUGGCAACUGACCUGUUGUCACUCCUUCUGAGGGACGAUCACCCACUUCCCCCGGACGCUGUCCUCUACUUCACCCAGAGUCUCAUACAUGACUCCAUCACUAUACGCAAAGUGGCUAUCUCUGCGGUGGCUGGCAUAUUGAAGCAACUUAAACGACCAAGAAAAAAAGUUGCAGUCAAGCCAUCAGAUAUCUGUGGCUUUGAGGAUCAGGAAGGGCAGUCUGUGGGGGAUCGUCGUGGAAAUAGUUGGCUGCAGUAUGACAGCAACCACCUGCCUGUCAGUGAGGAGCAAUGGGACGCCCAGCUGUAUGUGGAGAAAACACACUGGGGCUACUACUCGUGGCCGAGAGAAAUGAUGAUCUAUGCAGCUCCUGAAAAGCUUAAAGAUGACCUGCUGUACGAGGAGAUGAUUGAGGGGGAAAAGAUUGUCUAUGAAUAUUUCUCUGAUCUGGAGUUCAUCGACCAGCUGAUAGACUACCUCUCUCUUGAGGACCGCAAAGGAAAAGACAGUUUCAACCCACGACGCUUUUGUCUCUUCAAGGGGCUGUUUCGUAAUUAUGGUGAUGUGUUCCUGCCUCUGCUGUUGCCUCACCUGGAGCAACUGGCCUCAGAUCCCCACGAGAGCUCACAGCGUUGUUUGUGCGAGAUUAUGGCUGGACUCAUCAGAGGCAGCAAACUGUGGAGCUUCAGCAAGGUCGACAAGUUGUGGCAAAUUGUGUGUCCUUUGAUCAAAACUGCUUUGACUAACGUCACGGUGGAGACGUACACCGACUGGGGGACGUGCAUUGCCACUGCCAGUGAGGGACGUGACCCGAGAAAACUCCAUUGGCUAUUUGAGAUGCUGAUGGAGAGCCCGCUGAGUGGAGAGGGGGGGUCAUUUAGGGAUGCAAGUUUGCUUUACGUGCUGCAAGGCGGUCUGGCUCAGCAGCAGUGGCGAGUGUCUGAACUGCUGCACCGCCUCCUGGCUUACCUGGAGCCCAAACUCACACAGGUGUAUAAGAAUGUCAGAGAGAGAAUUGGAAGUGUCCUGACCUAUAUCUUCAUGAUCGACGUGGCUCUGCCCCACACCAUGCCCACUUCCUCCCCCCACGUGGCAGAGUUCGUCACUCGGGUCCUAGAAAAGCUCAAGCCCCUCACAUCAGAGCCGGAGAUCCACAACCAUGUCCACGAUGAGAACACCCAAGAGACGGACGAGCGCACCCAGGCUGUCAAACUACUCAAGACAGUGUUGAAAUGGUUGAUGGCGAGCGCCGGGCGAACUUUCACCACUCCUGUUCAGCAGCAGCUCCAGCUCCUGCCUCUCCUCUUCAAGAUUGCCCCGGUGGAGAUUGAUGAGAGCUAUGAUGAGAUGAAGCAGGAUGCACGCACGUGUCUCUCUCUUAUGUCCCAGGGCCUCCUGUAUCCUGAGCACAUCCCUCUCGUGCUGGCAACGCUAGAAGAGAUGGCGGGUAGCAGGUCGUGGCACGCGCGCUACUCUGUUCUCACCUACCUCCAGAUCACAGUGUUCUACAACCUGUUCACCCUGCUCAGUUUUCCUGCUGAGGUGCUGCGCAUCCGAAAACUGGUGAUGCUGCUGCUGCUGGAUGAACAGCUGGAGGUGAGAGACAUGGCGGGCACCACCCUCAGUGGUUUGCUGCAGUGCCACUUCUUCCCCCUGGACUCUGCUCUGCAGACACAGCUGCAGACGCUGAGUCAGACGCGUCUCCCCAAGGCCAGAGGAGAGCUGGCCUCUACAGACUUGGUGCGCCGGCAUGCAGGGGUUCUGGGCAUCAGUGCUUGCAUCCUGUCAAGCCCCUACGAUGUCCCGAGCUGGAUGCCUCAAAUCCUAAUGGACCUCAGCAACCACCUCAACGACCCUCAGCCAAUAGAGAUGACAGUGAAGAAAACCUUAUCGGAGUUCAGGCGAACGCAUCACGACAACUGGCAAGAGCACCGCCAGCGCUUCACUGACGACCAGCUGCUGGUGCUCACAGACCUGCUGGUGUCGCCAUGCUACUACGCCUGACCACCUGCUGCCUUCCCAAGUCCAGAGCUGCUGUGGUGUGGAAGAGAAGAAACGCUAGUGGUGGACUUUCACAGAGUGCAACCCCUCUGAGCAGAGUAGAGCGAUGUAUUUAGUCAAUUGAAGGUAAAGAAGAAACCCUUCAUACUGAGUGUCCAAGAAGCUUGUGUCUGUUUCACAACACUGUUGUCCACAAUUCGGUGCUGCUCUCUCAAUACAGAGAUAAAGUCUGACUUUUGCUUGCUUGUUUCUGUCCAGCUUGUCAACUGGAGGACAUAGAAGUGGUCUAACACGGAUGUGAUGUUUGUUCUCACUUAGAGAAAGAGAUGAACGAUGAAAACUGGGAGUAUAGUAAGGCUUUCACGCUGGCUCGAUCCUCCAAACACGCCAGCCCAACGUUGCUUGCAUGUACAAGUUCUGGGACCGAAUGUUCUAGAGCAGGGGUCACCAACCUUUUAGCAACCGCGAGCUCCUCCAAGGGCACUGUGCGACCCCAUGGGCUACCAUCCGUUCAGUACACACUUCUGAUAUCACCAUACAUAAUGGACGAAAAAUUAUAUUCCUCUCAAAUUCAUAGCUGAGAUUUAGCAUUACCUAUGGUGUAACAAAAAAAGGAAUCACAAAAUCAAACAUAAUAAGAUGGUUAUUACUAGUGGUGGGACUUUAGUUAAUUACGAUUAAUUCAUUACAACAACAAUACUUAAGCGUAUAAUCAUUUUAAUUUAAUUUAAUGUAACAGUUUGCUCUCCAGACAACAGGGAACCUUUGUCAGUGCAGGAGUUCCUGGUCCACUGAUCACACUGAUGCACAAGACACGUCACAGCAAGGAUAACAACAACAACAAACAUGGAGGUCAAUCCCUGAACAAAAGCAAACAAAAGCAUCUGUUUGCUUUUGUUCAGGGAUGUUUUUCACUACACAAUGACCAGAGUUUCCACUACUCUGAAUGUAUUUGAAAUUCUUAACCAAAUAUUUCCUUGACAUUAAAAGAGCUUUAGUUUAAAUAAGGUGAAAUAAAAACUGGAAUAUAGCCACCAUCGUGAUUUAUUGUGCAAUUGUCAGACUGAUGCAAAAUAAACAAUAUAUUGUUGUUUAAAUGUCAUUUGAUUCAGUAAUAUACUAAAUUCAUUCAAAUUGAAAAAUGUGGAUUCUUGUGGCAGAUAUUCUUAUACCAUUAAACUGCUAUUAAUUGAGAUUAAUUAAUCACAAAUUCUCUAACUAGAUUUAUUUUUAAUCGAAUCCAACCCCUAGUUAUUACAUGAAAUUUAUUUUUUAUUUUUAUCAUUUUUAACAGCCCAUGUUGGUGACCCCUGUUCUAGAACCUGAUAAUUGUUUUAGAAAUAUUAUUCCUGCAUAUACAGUGUCCCAGUUUUGCAGAGGUCGAGGUACAUGGAAGUAGAAACUGUUGAGACUACAUUUUUAAGUUAUUUGUACAGUUAAUGUAAAUACAGAGUGAAUUACCUUUGUGAUAUUAUUGAUGAUUCUAAAGAUCAAUACGGUCAGUGACUGUCAGUGAGUCAUUUGUCUCCCUUGUCCAUGAUGUGUUAUACAACAGCUCAUCACUCUCCAUGUGAAUAAAUCUCACUUCAUUUGUAAAAGC